UUGAAGAUGAAGAAUCUCCGUACACCCAGUUUCUGUUAAACAAACUGAGUUUCUCUUCUUGAAUCAUUUCAUUACCCUUAUAAUCACAUUAUUCUCCCAAAAAACCCCUCACCCAUUUAUUUUAAUUUUAAUUUAAUCUUACCUUCCAUAUUAACACACACACUCUCUCUAGAAUAUUCGAUUAAUUAGUGAUAAAUAAACUCAAUUAUUAUUAUUACUAUUACUAUUAGAUAAUAAUAAUAACAAUAAUAACACCACCGUUACCCUUUUUCUUCUUCUCCUUCUCUACCCUAACGGUUACCGUCACAUAUGGGCGAAGAAACACAACUUCAACCACAAUCCCUAACCGGAACUCAAAUUCAACCGCAAUCUCAGCCACAACUGGAGGUUUCGGUUUCGGUUUCUUCCGAUCACAUCAUCAACGCCACCACCGUCGUCGGAGUCGACGGUAUUAUCCCCGUUGAGUCCGAACUCAGCAAUGUUCCUCCACACACAAACUCACCGGCAACCAAAAUCCCUCUCCGUCCUCGAAAGAUCCGGAAAGUUUCUCCGGACCCGACAACCUCCGAAUCGCAAACGGAAAUCCCUAAACCGGUCAAUUCCGGUGGGAAAUCGAAUGGACGGGGCAACAGCAACAAAGCGGUUCAACAACAACAACAGCGAGAACGAGCCCUAGCGCUUCCGAGGAUUGUUGCUAGAUCGCUUUCGUAUGAAGGUGAGGUUGAGAUGGCGAUUCGUUACCUUCGUACUGCUGAUCCGCUGUUAUCUCCUCUCAUUGAUAUUCAUCAACCGCCUACCUUUGAUAGUUUCCAUACUCCGUUUCUUGCCCUAACUCGAAGCAUUCUUUAUCAGCAACUCGCGUUUAAGGCUGGAACUUCGAUUUAUACGCGAUUUAUUGCUCUCUGUGGUGGUGAAGCUGGUGUUGUUCCGGAGACUGUGCUUGCUUUGAAUGCUCAGCAGCUUCGUCAAAUUGGGGUUUCUGGGAGGAAGGCGAGUUAUCUACAUGAUUUGGCUAGGAAGUAUCAGAAUGGGAUACUUUCUGAUUCCGCCAUUGUAAAUAUGGAUGAUAAGUCGCUUUUUACGAUGCUGACUAUGGUGAAUGGGAUUGGGUCUUGGUCUGUUCAUAUGUUUAUGAUAUUCUCGCUGCAUAGACCGGAUGUUCUUCCGAUUAAUGAUCUUGGUGUUCGGAAAGGGGUUCAGAUUCUUUAUAAUCUUGAUGAUUUGCCUCGGCCGUCUCAGAUGGAGCAGUUGUGUGAGAAGUGGAGACCUUAUCGGUCGGUUGCUUCGUGGUAUAUGUGGAGGUUUGUUGAGGCGAAGGGAACUCCUUCGACGGCAGUGGCUGUUGCUACUGGGGCUGGAUUGCAGCAGCAUCAGAUGGAGCAUCACCAACAACAGCAACAGCAGCAGCAGCAGCAUCCUUCGCAACAACAGCUUAUGGAUCCCAUGAAUGGCAUGUUUAAUAUUGGGUAAGAUGGUGUGUGUGAGUUUAUUUGAAAUAGAUCGAUUUGAAAAGGCGGGAAAGUUGUUUGCUUAAGGUUGCUGAUAUUGCUGCUAAUGGCUAUCUACAAUAGUCAUCAAAUAUUUUGAUUGAGAGCUUUCAUUUCAUAAUGUGUUGCUCACCCUUUUAGGUAAUUCAGGAACUAUAGAAAAAUGUAGAAUACAUGUCAUUGGAAAUAACAUCUUUGCCUUUUGAGCUU